AGCUCAGUCAUUGUUUGGCUGAGGGAAGGAAGGAAGGAAGGAUGGGGGAGGAGAGUUCGCCGAGAAGCCGGGGAUAGCAGCUGCAGGCGGUUGCAGUGAGCGGAGCGCAGCCGGGCCCGGGCGGGGAAGGGAGUGAGGAUGGCGGCGGAGCUGACGGCCGAGGAGGAGCAGGCCACCAAGCAGUUUCUAGAAGAGAUCAACAAGUGGACAACACAGCAUAGUGUCUCUCCCCUGUCCUGGAAUGCAGCAGUCAAAUUUCUAAUGGCCAGAAAAUUUGAUGUAUACCGUGCCAUUGAGCUAUUCCACUCUUACCGGGAUACAAGGUUGAAAGAGGGAAUUGUAAAGUUGAAACCACAUGAAGAGCCUCUUAGGUCUGAACUGCUGAGUGGCAAAUUCACCAUCUUGAAUGUUCGAGAUCCAUCAGGAGCAUCCAUUGCACUCUUCACUGCCAAGUUACACCAACCUAAUAAAACUCUGCAGCAUGUAGUAUUGCAAGCCUUGUUCUACUUACUUGAUCAAGCUAUUGAAAGUUUUGAAACUCAAAGAAACGGGCUGGUGUUCAUUUAUGAUAUGGCCGGUUCUGCAUACACCAACUUUGAGUAUGACCUGAGCAAGAAAAUUCUUCACCUUUUGAAGGGAGCUUUUCCUGCUCGUUUGAAAAAAGUAUUCAUUGUUGGUGCACCUGUCUGGUUUCGAUUCCCAUAUUCCGUUCUAAGCUUAAUUCUUAAGGAAAAGCUUCGGGAAAGAGUGCAAAUGGUGAAGACGAAUGAGUUGAAACAAUAUCUGCCCAGGGAUUGCCUGCCUGAGCAUUUGGGUGGGACACUGAAACUGGACCAUUCCAGCUGGAACAAACAGUUUUUAACCUCUCCAAAUGGCCACACUGACUCACUGGACGAACUUAUCACAAGUUUCCCACGGGAUGAAGUGUCCAUACAUGUGCCAGGACUGGAAGGAAUGACGGUGGAAGAACUGUUGGACCACGUCAGUACUGUUCAGAAAAGGGGAAUCUAUGAGGAAUACGAGGACAUCCGACGAGAGACCCCGCCAGGCACAUUCAACUGUUCAUUACAGCCCUACAACCAGCAGAAGAAUCGAUAUGGGGAUGUGUUGUGCUUGGACCAAACUAGAGUGAAGUUGAAAUCCCUCAAUCAUGAUGAGAGGACAGAUUACAUCAAUGCCAGUUUCAUGGAUGGUUAUAAGCAAAAGAAUGCCUACAUUGGCACACAGGGACCUUUAGAAAAGACAUACAAUGAUUUCUGGAGAAUGGUAUGGGAACAACAUGUCCUUGUUAUUGUCAUGACUACAAGAAUUGACGAGAGUGGCAGGAAAAAAUGUGGUCAGUACUGGCCUCUGGACCAGAACAUUCGAGGAAGCUAUGGACUUAUUUCUGUCAAAAGCCUGGCGGUAGAAAACUUUAAACAUUAUAACAAAACAACACUAGAGAUUCAGAAUGUAGAGUCCAAUGAGAGGCGCCAGGUGAUUCACUUCCAGUACCUGAGCUGGCCAGAUUAUGGAGUCCCAUCUUCAGCAACAGCUCUCAUUGACUUUCGAUCAGCUGUCCGACAGCAGCAAGGUCUUUCUAUCCAAAGCCUGGGUAACCGGUGGAAGGGACACCCAGGAGGGCCACCCAUUGUUGUCCACUGCAGUGCUGGCAUUGGGAGAACUGGCACUCUGUGCACUUUGGAUAUAUGCCUUUCUCAGCUGGAAGAUGUGGGUACUCUCAACAUAUACCAAACCGUCCGAAGGAUGCGAACACAACGAGCCUUCAGCAUCCAGACUCCUGAUCAGUACUACUUCUGUUACACAGCAAUUAUCGAGCAUGCUCAGAAGAAAAACCUACUGUCAGCCAAUCAUUAACGUGAGAAUCUUCUCCUCCCCUCUCCCCAACAUAGAUUAUAUACCACUUCUGCAUACAUGCAGAUGAACUCUACUAAUAUACUCCUCGUACAUCUGUAGACGUCCACCUUUUGUGAUUGUACAAGAUCCUAGAAAUUAGUACUAGCCUUAACUACUUGGAUAGAACUUAUUUUACAAUGGUUUAAUGCCAUCGUACCAGUAGCCAUCUUCAUGGAGCAUAUAGACUUUUCCUGAAGAAAAUACGUUACAAUUCAUUUAUUCCAAUAAUGUAGCAUUAGAAAUAAAAUCUACGGUACGGGAGAGGCCAAUGAGAAAUGAAGGCGAUCAUUUUUGCAAAAACUGAAACCACAACCUUUAGGCACCAUGUGGCUCGAAAUUGAAAUUCUGCAACAUGUCGUCUGUGGACCAGACUUCCUCUUUUUUCUGAAAAAUAAACUUGUUUAUGUCAUAUAAAAAGAAAACAAAAACAAAAAAUUACCUCAAGCAUCAUCUGAGGGAUAGCAGAAAGCACCAAGUUGUACUUCUGUUACCUCGGGCCAAGAUUAACAUUGGGAACGCCACACGGACUAUCGAUCCUGGAGGCAGUUCUCGUGUCAGUCUCAUUGACAAAGACGAGCUGGAGAAUGAGAUGUUAUCAGCUGAGCUGUGUAUUUAUCACUGAUGUCUGUGCCUGUGAGAUGAGUUUACUCUUUGUGCCUUCUUGUCUUUUAUUCCUAGUUGGGGCUGUAGUGCAUGCAGCCAAAGUGUUAUUCACAACUUAACCUUUCUCUCAGGGGAACUUAUUUUUCUUCCCUAUAUCUUUCUCUAUUUCGCUUUUUUUCUUUCUCCCAGUUGGAUUAGAUUUAAUUAGGCUUAUAGAACCAUAAUGGUCACCUAAACUGCUUUAGAAAUCUGCAACUCCCCCUGUCUCCCAAAGGCUUUGUUCAAGCCAAAUUUGAGAGCAGAGGAGUUUACACAGCUCGGCAACCCUCUUGCUUGUCACUGCCUCUGUUAACCCUUAACGUAAGAUCUCCUUGUACACUAACCUGAAGUAGCCAAUCUGAUAUGAUUUUCUCAAACUUCCGUGUCAUCAGGACUUUGUUAUGUGUCAGAAAUCCCUGUAGCAUUGUAAAUUUGUUGCAGCGUGACUUAACGUCAUGAACAAGUAACAGAACAAGUCCUGUAUUUUGAGUACGUUUAUGUGUACUAUUGGGUGAUUUUCUGCGCCUGCCUAAAUUUCUUAACUUCAGGACUUCCAUUAUGAUGGAUGACAGUUUUCUGUAAUCUUUGAGUCAUGUCAUUGCUUUCAGCAAUCAUGAAGUCUUGGCAUGCUUUUGUGCCCCUUUCCAAGGGGGAGAAGGUGGAAAUAAUCCUUGAGAGAUGGAUAAACCUGUGAGACAAGUAUUCCUAACCCUUCAGGUUGAUGCACCAUACAUAUAGAUAAUCGUUAGCUGACAGCAAGCUGUACACUCCUUAUUAUGAAGUAAUUACACCAUUAGAGCAGUGUGAGGGGAAUCUAGGAUGAAUUCCACGAUAGGAGUGCUCAAUACUUUUGCUGUGCAUAGUUUUCAGAGAAAUAAUAAGUGCUUUCAUCUACCACACAGUACCUUUCAAAUGGAUUAUGUUUUGCGACUCUGACCAAAUCUCUCUGCAUCCUUUGAAGUUUGAGGCCAACAUUUUAGCUUGUGUUCCUUUACACCAUUAAAUUCAUUUUCCUGUAUGUUUGUUAUUCGGUUUUCGCUGUUUAGUUUGUGUUGGGAAGAGUGAGGACGAUGGAGCAAACUCUUGAGUUUGAGAAGAUUCGUUUUCAGGUGUACUGGGGGGAAUGCUCAGCAAAAUUAGCCAUCACAGUCUUUAAAGAUGUUCCUGUCACAUUGUAUUGAUUUUCAAACAUUGUAAAUAAAUGGUUUACAAGGGGUCAUUGUAA